AAGAUGCCACAGCAAAAGCCCUUUCGUUUUUCUUUUCUCCAAUUCGCCAGUCCAUUUUCUUCACUUCAACUUCAACUUGCUACCACCCUCACUCAAUUAUAUUCAGCGCGUGCCCUGGCUCAAGGCUACAGCAAAUACCAUGAUGCUCUUGCGCGCACAGCCGCUAACCGUGGUGGCCGCGACGUUUCGGCACACACGCACGAUGCAGAAGAUUCACAUCAGUCGGCGGCUCUACUCAGAGCGCCCUCCGGAGAACAAGCGCGGUGAGCUGGACAUAACCACCUACACACCCGAGCGCAUCCGCAACUUUAGCAUUAUCGCACACAUAGACCACGGCAAAAGCACACUAGCCGAUCGGCUUCUCGAGCUGACAGGCGUUAUCACAAAGACCGGCAAAAACAAGCAGGUGCUUGACAAACUCAAAGUUGAGCGCGACCGCGGGAUCACAGUAAAGGCGCAGUCGGCGAGCAUGUUUUACGAGCACAACGGCGACAAGUACUUGAUCAACCUGAUUGACACGCCGGGUCACGUCGACUUUAGCUACGAGGUUUCGCGCUCGCUGGCUGCAUGCCAGGGCACAAUCUUGCUAGUGGACGCCGCGCAAGGUGUGCAGGCACAGACUGUGGCGAAUUUUUACCUGGCCUUUGGGGAAGGGCUGGGCAUCAUUCCCAUGCUGAACAAGGUUGACCUCCCAACAGCUGAGCCUGAGCGGGCCGUCCUGCAGAUUGAGAGCGCCUUUGAGAUUGAUGCUGCCGAUAUUUUGCACAUUUCGGCGAAAACCGGGCUGGGCAUCGAGCAGGUGCUGCCAGCAGUCAUUGAAAAGACGCCGGUACCUCAGGGCAGCAUAGGAAACCCAUUCAAGGCGCUGCUGUUUGACACCUGGUACGACACAUAUGUUGGCGUCGUCUGCCUGAUGGCCAUUAAGGACGGAUCCAUACAGCGUGGAGACAAGAUUAUAUCGAGUCACUCGGGCACAAAGUACGAGGUUAUGGAGGUGGGUAUCAUGCAUCCCGAGCAAACCCCGACUACCAUGCUGCAGGUCGGACAGGUCGGGUACAUCGUGUGCAAUAUGAAGUCGAUUGCCGAGGCCCAUGUCGGCGAUACGUUUUACAGGGAAAAGCACCCGGUUGAAGCGCUGCCGGGCUUUGUGCCAGCAAAGUCGAUGGUAUUUGCUGGUAUCUUUCCGAUAGACACUGGCGAGUUUGACAGCUUGAAGGAAUCUAUCCAGAAGCUCACGCUAAACGACUCUAGUGUGAGUGUUCACAAAGAGACGAGUGCUGCCUUGGGCCAGGGAUGGCGCUUGGGCUUUCUGGGAACACUGCACAUGGACGUGUUCCGCCAAAGAUUGGAGGAGGAGUACGACGCAAGCGUGCUGAUCACAGCUCCAACUGUGCCGUACCAAAUCAAAUACAGAGACGGCGUGACCAAAUUUAUCCGCACGCCAGCAGAUUUCCCCGAUGCUGCAACGAUACAGGACUUUGUCGAGUCCACACUGGAGCCCUAUGUGGCUGCGACUUUGAUUUUCCCAGAGCAGUAUUUGGGACACAUGCUCGAGCUCUGCACAACACACCGCGGCGAUAUCCAAAACCACACGUUUAUCGACGAGACCCGGGUCAUACUCAAGUGCCGGAUCCCAAUGGCUGAGAUUGUGACUGAUUUUUUUGACAAGCUAAAGUCAAAAUCGCAGGGCUUUGCCAGUUUUGACUACGAGGAAUCGGGUUACGACAAGUCGGACCUGGUCAAGAUGGAGGUUAUGCUCAAUGGCGAGUCUGUGGAUGCAUUGGCCGCCGUAAUGCACAAGACCAGCGUGGUGACAGUUGGCCGCGACAUUGCCAAGCGGCUGAAGGAGGUCAUCCGCCGCCAGUUGUUUGACAUCAUCAUCCAGACUGCGGCCAACGGCAAAGUCGUCGCGCGCGAGACCGUCAAGCAAUUGCGCAAAAACGUCACGGCCAAAUGCUACGGCGGAGACAUCACCCGCAAGAUGAAGCUGUUGAACAAGCAGAAGGAGGGCAAGAAGCGCAUGAAGAAGAUUGGCAAGGUCGAGCUGCCGCAAGAGGCGUUCCUGAGUAUUAUGACAAAGAGCCAAGACUAAUGGAUGUAGAUGUGGAUGUGUAUUUAGAUUUAGUGAUUCGAAUUAGCAUUUAGUACAUACUUGAUAAAGCGGGUCAGUUGUUCAGACAACGCAGCUGCCGCUCGCAACGAGAAACAUUGCUUUCCUAAUUAAAUUUGCC